AUGAGUUGCAUUUGUUCUUUAGAAGCAAUUGAACAAAACUCCUCAUGUAUGGCAGGGCAUUUGGUAAUAAAAAGCUUUCCUGGUACAUUCAAACUUUUCUUCGUCGUUCAAAGACUUGUAAAGAUAACUAUGAAUCUAUGGACCAUUCUUCCUUUGUCCACAAUAUUAUUCCACAAUGUUUUCAAUGAAUUAUUCAGUUGGGAAUUUAAUGCUUUUCCAAAACUUUUCCUUAAUUUGAAACAACAAAUGAUCGGAAAACUUUUAUCACAUAUGUUCGUAAAAGAAACAUUACAAAUUAAUCGAAGCAGCAAUAAAAUGAAAUUUUAA